AUGCAUCUCGAAGAGGUCGCGGUGCUCGUGGGCCAUGCCGAGUGCGUCUGGCACGCGUCGUGGAGCCCGGACGGAAGCCUUCUGGCGACGUGCGGCAGCGACAAGACGGUGCGCAUCUGGGCCUGCGCGCGCAACGGCGCCACCCACUGGGACUGCGUCGCGACGCUCGAGGACGCGCAGAACCGAACGAUCCGCGCCUGCGAAUGGUCGCCGAACGGGCAGUUCAUUGCGUCCGUGAGCUUUGACGCGACCACGGUCAUCUGGGAGCGCCGCGGCGACGUGUACGAGGUGAUCGCGUCGUUGGAGGGCCACGAGAGCGAGGUCAAGUCGAUCGCGUGGAGCCCGUCGGGGUCAUACCUCGCGACGUGCAGCCGCGACAAGAGCGUGUGGAUCUGGGAGGCCGACCCGGACACGGACUUUGAGUGCAUCUCGGUGCUGCAUGGGCACAGCCAAGACGUCAAGUUUGUGCAGUGGCACCCGACCGACGACAUUCUCUUCUCGACGUCGUACGACGACACGAUCUGUGUCUGGGCCGAGAGCGACGACGACUGGUACUGCAAGGAGACGCUCAAGGGCCAUGCAUCCACGGUGUGGGGCGUCACGCUGCGGGCCGACGGCGAGCGCAUGGCGUCGUGCUCGGACGACACAAACGUGCUGUUGUGGCAGCACCAGCCGGGCACGAGCGCCGAUGGCCGGCCGACGUCGUGGCAGCCGCUGCAGGCGCUCGAAGGCUUUCACGAGCGGUCGGUCUUUAGCGUUGAUUGGCACCCGACGCUCAACUGCAUCGUCACGGGUGGCGGCGACGACGGGCUCCGACUCUUUGCCCAAGACAAGGCCGAGAGUCCGUUCCAGCUCGCCUACACGCACGCGCACGCCCACGCCGGCGACGUCAACUGCGUUCGCUGGUCCAAGCGCGACCCGACGCUGCUCGUCUCGACCGGCGACGACUGCGUCGCGCGUCUCUGGCGACUCGUCGCGUAAAAAAGGACAACACGAUGCGAUCACACGGUGCGCAAGAUCUUCUCGCCGAGUUUGCCAAAGCAGCUGUCGAGCUCGAGAGCAAUGUCGUCCAGCAUCUCGUGCAGCAGCAUCUCCUCGAGUCUAUGGACGUUGCAUUAUUCGAUGUGAAACCAAGACACGCGUACAGUUCAAUCACG